AUGACUGUGAGCCAGGUGCCUUCGAAUCUUGUGCGGUCAACCGCAUCAGAAACACCAAAGUAUGGGAAUUCGAUUGAGAUCACGGAUAUCCUCCAGAUCCUUUCCGACACACCCUAUGCUUGUUCCACAAUUCAGAGGCUAAGUGGAGGAGUUGUGAAUGCGACAUAUCAUGGGGUGCUAUCACGCCCGCUCACAGAUGGAAGCAGUGAGAUAAUUGUGAAAGUGUCUGAAGACUUUGCGAGUCUCUCUGCGCCGAUCGAGCUCCCCGCAAGUCGCAGUAUCAAAGAAUUUGCCGUACUGGAGGCAUUGAACAUGGGGUUGUCUCCUGUCAUCCGAUAUGAUGGGCUCACAGUCCGGCCGCCUUGCCCGUAUUGGCUUUCCUCUGAACACCAUCUACAAGUUAUGGAGAAUUUGCCGAAUACCAUUGACCUCUCAAAGUACUUUUUGACCCCUGCCGGCGGUGCCAUUUCUGAUCACUACGCAUCCUCCAUUGGGCGUGCAUUGGGACUCUGGUUGCGCGCCUUCCAUGCUAAGACCUCAGAAGAAAGCCAUUUAACUUACUUGAAGGCUGUGGGGAGAAACGUCAUGAAUCGCACUGCGAUGUAUAGCUUCUAUCUUAGUAGACUGGAACAGAAUAUCGCAGGAUUUCCUCACAUAUUUUGUGAACUUGGGGAGACGAUAGUGAGCUAUGUGACUAAGAAGCUCGAAUGUGAAAAGGGAGAAUCACCUGGAUUAAUUCAUGGGGACCUGUCAAUAAGGAAUAUUUUGAUCUCAGAAUCUGCACAUAAGUUGACGGGACUAAUGCUCGCCCCGAUUGACUGGGAGAUGUAUCAUUAUGGCCAACAACAUCAGGACAUUGGCCAGCUUAUUGGAGACUUGUGCAUUCUAAAGAUGUUCAAAGCGUUGGAUGUGUGCGGGAUCAUUCUCGAAAACCUGGCCGCCUCUUACGAAAUAGCUAACGAUGAUGUCGCGUUCGAUAUAGUCUCUCAUAUUGGCAUACAGAUGAUCAGUUGGGCGUUCAUUAGCGCCGCUGGAUGCAGCAAAGAUGAGGAAGAGCAAUUAUUGACAUUUGCCCGGGAUCUGAUCAUCAAAGGACAUGAACGGGAUCGAGAAUGGCUGGCCAAGAGCCCCUUGGGAUGUUUGUUCAAUUGA